GAUGCAACAUAUCAAUGGAAAUGUAAACUACACCCCCUAUCAUCCCCUAUAUCCGACGUCGAAUUAUUAUCUGGAUGUUCCGAUUGUCGGGAAUAUAUGCGUCAAUUCCAACCUAAUAUACCGAUAAGGUCGAAUUUAACACUUUACGAAGCCAUUCAAACAUUGGAUUUACCGGAAAUGAUUUGCGACGAUCUCGUUAUUUGUAUAUCAAAUCCGAGGUACCAGAUAUUGAGUUGGUAUUUGCCCUGGAUGGUACUGUACAGAUUGUGCGUGAUGUAUUUGAGGGAUCCACUGCGAACUAGGAAUUAUAUCACCAAAUUGGAUUAUGUCGAUAUCGAUUAUUCGAAAUUUGAUCGUAAUCAGAAAGUUUCGUUCAAUCCGUUCGAAGGUAUAGAAGAAGGUUACGAGAAGUACCUAAACUCCGAUUACGAAUCCGAAAAUGAAUCGACGUCCGAAACGUGCGCUCCACUCGGCGACGAUUACGAUCCCAAUUCGAUGGAAAGUCUCAAGAAAAUUGUCAACAACGCCGAGGUCGAACCGACCGACAAUCGGAUAAUCCGCAACAACGGCAAAAAGGGAUUGGAAAAAUUGAAAAGAAAAUUUCGUUUUUUCGGAAAAAGAUAUGCGGAAAAAUCGAAUUUUUGAUUUGUAUCGUUCCAAACACAAAUUCAAUAUAUAAAAAUCGUUGAUUGGUAGAAA